CAUGGCUACUAGUUGCACCGCCGUCACGUCUCUCCGGCUCUCCCUCAACCAGCAGCACCUUCCGCAGCAUCUGCGCGGGUCUGAGCCACGUCAGCCAUGCACGAAUCCGCGAGGAUCGCUGACAUGUCAUCAACCCUACGUGUGCGACGUAUCCUCGCGGAAACUUCCUGCCGUCAGCAGCAGACAUGGCGUGGGAGUUAAUCUCGCUAGUCUCGUUAGCCUCGUUAAUCUCCCUCUUCGACAUUCAGAUAGUGCGCGGACGCCCAUUCUCGCGCCUCAGCUACGUCUCCCUGAAUGCCGUAGAUUAGAGUCCCGUCGGCUACACGUCGACAGCAGCUCGUGUCACCAACGCAUUGUCGGAGCGGAUAAACGCGCCCUGGGAGCAAAUGGAGGGAAAUGCUUUUCUUCUUGGUCAGGACUAGCCCCGCUAGGAAGCUUCGCCGCAUUUCCAACCGAGUUGAUAACUGAGCGAGAGUUGAGGAGAGAAGGUCGGAAUACUUUGAAGUGUCGAUCGGGUGCGGAUAAUAAUGAGACGGAGAAUGACUCUAGCGAGGGGGAGGCGGAGGGGGAGAAGGCGUGGUGGGCGCAAGGGUGGGACGUGCCAUGGGGGGGAAGAGAGACGGGCAUCGGAAUGGGCGCGUGGAUCUCGAGCUUCAUAUUCGUGGGCAUUGCCGUGCAGCUAGCCUGCCUGAAGCUGGGAUGGACCCCUUGGAGGGGCACUGAUCUCGACGACGAGGCCCUCUUCCUCCUCAUCAACCAGUCGGUUCGCACGGCAACAGGGCUUGGCAUUGUGUGGUUCGUCGCUCGGCCCUACCAGCCACUGCCCAGCGACCUCUUCCACUUUGGGUUUGAAGACCCGUUUAGUUGUCGCAAGGGGUGGUUGUCGUGGGCUGGCGUGGGCGUUUUGGCUGCUGGGCUGGUGGUGUUUGCCACUGCCAGUGCUACAACGGCGCUUUCAGGAGGGAUAGACGCACCUAGAGAGGAUGCAGACGCCUUGGUCCAAGUGCUGCCGAUAAUAGCCGCCUCUCCCUUCAGCACUGGGGCUCUCAUUUUUGUUGCUGGCGUGCUUGCGCCCAUCCUAGAGGAAACCAUCUUUCGAGCCUUCCUGCUUACGUCUUUGACUAAAUGGAUGCCAGUGCCCCUGGCAGUAGCGGGCAGUGCCUGUGCAUUUGCUGCGGCGCAUAUGACACCCAACGAAUUUCCAAAGCUUGCAGCUCUUGGCUUGGUAUUGGGCUUCACGUAUGUUCGCACGCGCAACCUCCUCUCCCCGAUAAUCAUUCAUUCUGUGUGGAACUCAGGAGUUAUCAUCAUCCUCACCUUGUUACGGAUGGAGGGGUAUGACAUUCAAGAGAUCAUAUGAGGAGCUCUCUCCUGUGACUUCUUGCGCGUCAGUCAAGAGAAGCCUCAAUAUUCGCCGCCUGUUUGACCACUAAGCACACCGCCCUCAACACAUGGUCGAUACAGCUCUUUUGAGGGCCCUGGAAACCUGCCUGGCAGUCACAAACACACCUUCCCAACCACCUUCCCGCCUUUGUGCACGCAUACACACAUACACCCACCCUCCCAACCACAUUCCCAACCACAUUCCAAACCACAUUCCCAAGCACAUUCCCAACCACAUUGCCAGCCGCAUUCCCGACCACAUUCCCAACCACAUUCCCGACCACAUUCCCGAUUUCCAACCACAUUCCGAACCACCUUCCUUCCCAACCUCAUUCCCAGACACUUUCCCAACCACAUUCCCGACCACAUUCCCAACCACAUUCCCGACCACAUUCCCAACCACAUUCCCGAUUUCCAACCACAUUCCGAACCACCUUCCUUCCCAACCUCAUUCCCAGACACAUUCCCGACCACAUUCCUGACCACAUUCCCAACCACAGUCCCAAACACAUUCCCAACCACAUUCCCAACCACAUUCUCAACCACAUUCCCGACCACCUUCCCGACCACAUUCCCAACCACAUUCUCCACCACAUUCCCGACCACAUUCCCAACCACAUUCCGAGCCAUCUGCCCACCAUCCAGUGCCGUGCCGCGCCGAGCCAGUGUGUCUCAUCACUAUACAGUGUCUUGUGAUACCCUGUUUUGUAUGUACCCAUACAAACCCUCGGGCCACAGCAUCCCUGAGAUUCCCUACAAGGUCAGAGAUUAGUUCAGGAAUCUUGUACCCUAUUCUGUAAUGAUAGUUGCUAGCCGGUCUUUCUAAGGAUAGAAGCCAAGGUCGCGGCGCUGUGCUGCUGCCAGCCAUCCAUCCUAUCAUAGG